AUGACACAGAAACAGCCCACAGUGGAAGGUCCGGAUGGCGGCUGGGGAUGGGUGUUGGUCGCAGCCCUCUUCGUCUGUAACAGUAUGGUUUUUGGCCUGAUGCGCAUUUUUGGGAUUUUCUUUGUGGAGUUUGUUCAUUACUUUGACGAAAGUGCUCAGGCUAUUUCAUGGAUCUCUUCCAUCGGAUUGGCAGUACAACAAUGCUUCAGUCCGUUGGGGGCUGCCCUGGGGAACGCAUACGGAGCCAGGGUGGUGGUGAUGGUCGGGGGCUUCCUCUCUGGGCUCGGCCUAAUACUUGCCUCACAAGCUACAUCUGUGUAUCAUCUUUAUCUCACAAUGGGUGUGAUUUCAGGGUUUGGUUGGAGUCUGGUCUUCACUCCUAUGAUGGCCACAGUUAUGGCUCAUUUUACCCGUCGACGCACCCUGGCUCUAGGAGGCCUUUCCCUCAACAUUAUUCCCUGUGGGGCACUUAUUAUGCCUCAGAAACAUUCAGUGACCACAGAAAAGACUGAGAGAAAAGCAUCACAAUCCGUGCUGAAACGCUUGUCCUCCUACUUGGAGCUGUCUGUUCUGCUCGAGAGGCCAUUCUUCACUUUUGUCCUAUGCUUAAGUCUCAUGAAUGUGGGGUACUUUGUGCCUUACUUCCAUCUCGUGGCUCACAGCCGCCAAGUGGGAUUUUCGGAAUACCAGGCGGCGUUUGCAGUCUCCGCUUCUGGAGGUAGUGACAUCGUGGGCCGCAUCGCCUCAGGAUGGUUCUCAGACCUGGGACACUUCCGGCUCCUUCACCUUCAGUGUUUUUGGACGAUGCUGUGUGGCCUGAGCAUAGUGCUGCUGCCUGUGAGCACGCUGUCGGGCUCAUACCCGGCUCUAGUGUGUGUCAGUAUACUGUACGGCUUCUUCUCCGGGGCCUCCACGGCGGUGAUCUUCUCUGCAAUGCCUCAUAUCGUAGGAGUGGGCCGCGUGAUGGGGGCUCUGGGCCUGCUGCAGAUGAUUGAGAGCGGAGCUGGACUCUUUGGGACUCCUUUAUCAGGGUUUCUGCGUGACAUCACUGGGGAUUUCAUUGCUUCCUUCGCGGUGGCAGGCAGUUUCCUAAUCCUCGCCUGCCUCAUUUUAACCACUCUUCCUCACUUUUUCUCCUGCACCGAUCCACCACCACCAAACAAACAGCCGUCUGAGCAACAAGCUAUUGCAGAGUCACACUGA